AUGCCGCUCCCAUUUCUGGCGAAGCUGCCUCCUUUGCUGUCCGAAAGCCCCGAAGGUACCGAAGUGGCGGAGUAUUCCAACCAGGCCAAGCUCGUGAAGAGGGUCAACGUGAAACUUUUUGCUACUGCCCUCGCUGCUCUGGGUAAGAUCUCCUAUACGGCGUGUGUUGCGGAUAUUGAGCCAACGACCAAGGCAGCCAUCUGCAUACAUACGCCCACUCACCCUGUUGUUGUCCAAAACCAUAAUGAUAGGCCCUAUCAGGCGGUUGCCUUCAUUGGAACUGUUAUCAGUGCUGUUUCUGGUAUCAUUCGCAGUCUUGUCGGUCCUGAUGGGCUCGGUGCCGACCCUCGUCUCCCUCCGCAGCUUAUCAGGAUACUCCAAUUCUUGUUGCCCACAGUAACAAAGUACUACUCACGUCAUUGA